AUGGACAGCUCCCACUGUUGUUCGGAUUGUGGAGCUGUGCUUCAGGCAGAUGAUGGUCAUGACCUGUGCCCUGCCUGCCUCGGGCAUGAUCACCUGGUUGAGGCCCUGUCGGAUAAUCCCUGCAUGAACUGCAGCUACAUGCCCCAUGCAGUGAAGGUGGCUCGACUGGCCCAGUUACGCCCCGAGUGUGGACAUGACCUUCCACCUUCUGGGCAGGUGACUGCACCUAGGCGCUCUAAGCGCAGGACUGAGGCCACAGCCUCUGUGGCUCCUCCUAAGAAGAAGCGAGCUAAGUCUGACCAGGGCCUUUCCACAAGGUUUGAACGGUUGUCUGCAGAGUUGGCGGAGAUGAAAUCCCUUUUUCAAGCACGUCAGGUGGUGGCCCCCCUGACUGGGUUCCCUUCCCCACCUAUGCCAGAGUUGGCUGUGGAGGACGAGGUGCUGUCUUUGGCUGCCUCUGCCUCUCACUUUGGGAAUGAGGAAGAGGAGGCACAGUCGUCUCGCGCUUCGGAGACUGGCUCACACUCUUCAUCUCAGAGUGCAGCUAGUGGGGCUGGUGACAGCUCGAUACGAGACAUCAUGCGUAUGGCCUUGAGACAACUGCAGCUGGAUGUCCCGCAAGAGGUGGACUCCGCUCCUGGCAGUGCCUUUUUCAGGCGUGGCCGAGGCCCUACUCCCUUUUCUGUCCCUCCAUCGGAGGAGUACCUCAGGGAGUUACAUGCUUGUUGGCGGGACCCUAAAGCCUUUUCGAAUCUCUCCCCAGAUGGUCGAGCAUUGGCAGCUAUGCAUGAGUCGGUCAAGGCGGGUUUGGACCGCAUGCCUGCGGUUGAACCUGCUGUUGCUUCGCUCAUCGUGUCUCCAGAUGAAGCACUGCGUGAUGAUGUUCGGUGCCCACGGGCUCAAUGUCGUUUUACAGAUGACUUCCUCUGUAAGGCAUAUAAUGCUGGAGCACGUGCCGGCCGCCUUGGCAAUUCCUUGGUGCACCUCAUGUUUGCACAUUCUGCAUCCCUUCAGGAUACCAAUGGGGCAGAUGCAGCUAUUGGCUUUAGCGAUGCAGCGCUUCAGGCCUUUGCAUUGAUGUCCAAAGAGCUUGGGCGUGUGAUGUCUUUUCUGGUCCAGGCUCGCCAACAGGUCUGGCUGGCUCAGUCCACGUUGACUGAAGCGUGCCGUAGGACCCUCUGCAGUGUUCCUGUUGUGCCAGGGGAGUUGUUCGGUUCUGCUGCCUUGGAAGCGCUGGACCGAACCGUUCAGGCGCGGCAGACUAGAGAACAGCUUUCAGGCCUCAGCAGAGGUAUGCCCCCUCCUCAUCGUAAUCCAGGGCGCCCAGCGGCUGGCCCCAGUAUUCGGCCGCUGCCUCAGGGUUCUGCUCGGCCUAGUGGGUCUUACCCUCGUCAUGUAGAGCAGAGAUCCAGCAGGGACUUUCGUGAGCUGGUCCGCCAACCGACCAGACACACCCGGGCCGCAGACGUUGGCCACCGCCCCCCCAGACCACCUAGGGGUCGGGGGGAGAGAAAGGUGACCGUCAUUGCCGACCCGGUGAAAGCGCAAGCCCUGGACCAGGAACUUUCCGCCCUCCUGUCCAAGGGUGCAAUCGAGGCAGUGGAUCCUCUGCGGCAACCCAGAGGCAGUGGCCUCUGGGUUGCACGUUUGGCACGUCUUUUUCUCGUGCCAAAAAAGACGGGCGGAUUUCGUCCCAUUUUAGAUCUCAGGGGACUCAAUCAGUAUUUAAAGGUCCUGCCUUUUCACACAGAGGUUUUGCGGGCUGUGACAAAGGGAGAAUGGUUUACAUCAAUCGACCUUGCAGAUGCGUACUUUCAUGUACCUAUUGCGGUGGAACAUCGUCGCUUUCUCAGGUUUGCCUAUCGGGGUCGCCACUGGCAGUUCAGUGUGCUCCCGUUCGGCCUCUCACUGUCCCCGAGGGUGUUCACUCGGUGCGUGAAAGCGGCCCUCUCUCCUCUGCAGGCCCAAGGUAUGAAGGUUCUGCCAUACCUCGACGACUGGCUUCUUUGCGCCCCGUCUCGGGAGCAGGCAUCUCGCGAUGCGAGUCGCCUGCUCGCUCAUGUGUCCCGGUUGGACCUCAGGGUGAACUGGGAGAAGAGCUGUCUGAUUCCUUCACAGACAACCACUUUUCUUGGGGUGGUUUUGGAUUCUCCCUCCAUGACAGCCUACCCAUCUGUCCAGAGGGUGGACGGCAUUCUCCGACUGGUGAGUCGAUUCAGGCUGGGCAGGCAGCUUUCUUACAUCGUCUUCCUGCGGCUGCUGGGCAAACUAACAUCAGUUACUCGGGUUGUGCCCUUAGGUCUGCUGUCUUUGCGCCCUUUGCAGAGGUGGAUCAACAGCUGGCGCCUGGAUGCAAGACUACACAGGCAUCGCAAACUUGUGGUAACGUGGCCAUGUCUUCGUGCCCUGAGUCCAUGGAGAGACAGGGCCUCCUUGUCCAGGGGCGUGUCCAUGGGGGUGGUUGUGUAUCGCAGGGAGGUGGUCACAACAGAUGCCAGCUCCAUGGGAUGGGGUGCUGUGUGGCAACACAGGGCAGUCCAGGGCCGCUGGUGUCCACAGGAUCGCUCCAAACAUAUAAAUGUAUUGGAGCUGCAUGCUGUGCAUUUGGCACUCAGGCACAUUUUGCCCCACCUGCAGGGGAGGCAUGUCCUGAUUCGGUCAGACAACACCUCUGUUGUCUACCACAUCAACCACCAAGGUGGCACCAGGUCAGCACAGCUUCUGAAGGAGUCCCAGGAUCUCCUGGAAUGGGCGUCUGUUCACCUAUCCACCCUGCGGGCGGUGUACUUGCCAGGGCUGCACAACCAGGUAGCAGACUCCCUUUCCCGACAGGCGCCGGCUCCGGGAGAGUGGUCCCUCCACGGCGAUAUAGUCCGCCUGAUCUGGGACCUUUUCGGUCAGGCAGAAGUCGACCUUUUCGCCACGGAGGAGUCGACUCAUUGUCCUCUAUGGUUUUCCCUUACAGGGGCGGCAGGUGCUCUGGGCCAGGAUGCCUUGGCCCAUCCUUGGCCAAGAGUCCUCCUAUAUGCCUUCCCCCCCCUUUCCCUGAUAUGGCCGACUCUUCAGAGAGUUCUCGAGGAGGGCCACAAGAUGUUGCUGGUGGCUCCAUAUUGGCCGGCACGGCCAUGGUUCCCUCUUCUACGGAGUCUGUGUCACGGUGUCCCAUGGUGUCUUCCGACCAGGAGGGAUUUACUGUCUCAGUUGGGGGGUCAGAUAUGGCAUCCCGACCCUCAACGCCUCCGGCUGUGGGUGUGGCCACUGGGAGACUUGAACAGCAGCUGACUGGGUAUUCAGGUCCUGUCAGGCACACUAUUUUGAAUGCCAGGGCAUUCUCCACUCGUCAGCAAUAUGAAAACAGAUGGCGUCUGUUUUCCCGGUGGUGCUCUGCCCACAAUACUGAUCCAGUAACCUGUCCGGUUCCCACUAUUUUGGAAUUUCUUCAGUCGCUUCUUGAUGAGGGACGUUCUCCUUCUACGCUUAAGGUAUAUGUAGCGGCUAUAUCAUCUUGUCAUGCUGACGUUGAUGGCUGUACAGUGGGGAGCCAUAAGCUGGUUUCUCUUUUUUUGCGUGGUGCUCAUAGGCUGCACCCGCCAACAAUUCCGCGAGCACCAGUUUGGGACCUGUCUUUGGUCCUCAGUGCUCUGUGCCGCCCUCCAUUUGAGCCUUUGGUUCAUACAGACCUCAAAUGGGUGUCAUGUAAAACGGCUUUUUUGUUGGCU